AUGCCAUCUAUUAAACUUUUCAUUCAUCGACGUCGAUUUUUCUAUACAUUAUUACUGGGAAUGCUCGUCACUAUCUAUAUCAAUCUCUAUCAUUCAACUUCUAAUAACAUUAACAAUAAUGAUCUAUUUCUAGAACCUAAUAAUAUUUCUCUUUGUUUCAAACGGCAAUCUAUCGAUCAACAACAAUUUAAAGGAAAUAGUUGUUUGCCAUACAAUCCUACAAUCAAUUCUGUUGUAUGGACUCAUGAUGGUACGGGAAUAAUGAAAUAUAUUCAAUGGAUAGUUACACGAAAACUAGGAAAUAUACGAAUUUCACGAUUAAAUGAUGAAUGUGAACUUAUUCAAGAAAAUUAUUUUUCUACUGGCUCGAAAGAUAAUACAUAUGUUCAGAUUUAUAUUUUAUCACUUACAAUGAAUUUCAAUAAUAAUUCAACAUGUUCGACAGAUCUUAUUCGAAUAAUAAAAUUUAGUAUGCAUAAGAUCAAUCAAAUUUAUUUUAAAAGACAAUCAAUUCAGGCAACCAUUAUCUAUCAAUAUUUAGAUAAAAUACGACCGAUUCAUAAUUUUACUUUCAAUCGGAAUAUUUCAUUUGAUCCAAUUAUUAAAAAAGCAAAAUUUGUUACUGACUAUCUUAUAAAUUAUUUUCAGAAUAAAUCAAAUACAAAAUCAAUAAUUAUCAAUUCUGAAGAUAUGAUUCAUUCAAAUUUAAAUAAUUCUGAAAAAAUAUUAACAGAUUUUAUUUCAUUAUUAGGUUUUAAUACAUUAACACAAACAUUUAAAAAUAUAGUUCAAUAUGAUUGUUAUCAAUUUAUUCAAGAUGCAACAUGGUGGGAUCAAUCAGAAACAGGUAAAUAUAUUCUAUUAACAUUAUUAAAUGUGAAAUUAGAAACUAUCGAUAAAUCAAAUGAUUUCUAUCAUUUACAUGGAAAUCAUUCAUUUGUAAAAUAUGUUUCGGAUAAUCGUCAAUGUUUUAAUGAUGGUACUUUUUUUCAAAUACAAUCUGAAACAAUUACUAAACGAACUUCAACUGAUAAACCAGAACGAUGUCCAUUCAAACAAUUCGAUUGUGCUUUUAGUGAUAUGUAUUCAUUUAAUGAUCGUGAACAAUUUUAUCAAUCAUAUGUGCCAAAUAAUUAUUUUAAUACAAAUCCAAUUAAAUGUGGUUUUACCGUGCAAACAACACUUGAUAGAGUUAGAAAUCGAUAUGCACAUAAUUAUAAAUGUCAAAUUAUAGUAAUAACCUGUAUUACAAACUGCUAUGAUAAUUUACCUAUUAUUCAAGAUACAGUACCGCCAAAUACUUGUUUCGUUGCAUUGCUCGAUACAAAAACGAUAGAUGCAUUUAAGCGACAUUUUCCUACAGGAACUCAAUGGGAUUUUAUUGAUUUAGGUGACACGGAUUCGCUAUUUCGUGUCCCUGCUGAGGUAACAGAAACAGUAAAAAUGCUUGGACAUCGAAUGUUUCCCAUGGCUAAAUGGUUUGUUUGGCUCGAUGGUAAAGCAUUUAUAAUUAAUAUUAAAGAAAUUUUAUCAUUAGCAAGAACACCAAUAAUUGGUCUUCAUCAUCAUGAUUUUAAUCGAACAUCAGAAUUAGAAGUUAAUCUUACAAUUUCUCGUGUAAUACUUCGUGAACAAAGCAAUCCUGCGCAGCUUAAUAUUACAUUAGAAGAAAUAGAACUUCAACGAGCCGAAUAUAUACAUGACGGUUUUUAUUCUCGUUCGAAUUCAAUUGGAUUACCAAUGUUUGAUAUUGCUAUAUUUAUAUAUAGAAAUAAUCAUCCAUGUUCAUUUCGUUAUUUAUGUGGAUGGCAUAAUGAAAUUAAUUAUUAUUCAUAUCGAGGUCAAUUAUCAGUUUAUUAUUCAGCUGAAAGAUUAAAUUUGAGUGAUUACUUAGGUUUCAUUCCACGUCGAUUUUAUCAUACACUUGGUCAUCGUACUAUGUGUUAG